GUGCUUACCAGGUAGAGAGCCAAAGAGGGAGUGAGAGAAAGAAAGAAAGAAAAGCUUUAUUGUUAUAAUGGGGAAUUACAGAUUUAGAUUGUCGGAUAUGAUGCCAAAUGCCUGGUUUUACAAGCUCAGAGAUAUGAGCAGCAGAAGCAGGGCUGCUUCUCAUCCUCCUGCCAAGAAAAAGUCAUCCUCAACCAGUACUAAAGCCCCCUCUCAGAAAUCGCCCUACUACCUCUCUCAGCCAAGACAAUCUUACUACUACAGCUCAGAUUUCAGCACAAAAGGCAGCCACCAAUUUCGCCAUGGAAGCACAUUACCAAAAGGCUCUGAUCAUCUUCACUUCCCUGAUCCACCAAGAAGAUCAUCAAAGAGAAGAACAAGAAGAAAGACUGUUUAUAGACCUUCUCCAAGACGGAUGAAUACGACCUCUUUCGCCUCUGAUGAUCAUUGUAAUUGUCAUGCCUCCUCGGUAACUUCAGUCUGGCUGAAGCCUGAACAAGCCUUGGUCAGAGACUUGUUUGAUUCUUCCACUGAUAGUUCUGUUGAGCCGGACUUCCUGAGAUCUCCAUCCUCAGUGUUCGAGUCCGAUGUCAUUGAUGCACCUGAAUCGCCCAAUGGACUGGCAUCAAGGUCUAGUUCUUGCAGCUGUGGAUUCAGUUCUUCGGCUACUGAUAUCAUUAUUGAUGUGAAUGCAAAAUCCUACACUAGGAAAAUUGAGAAGCUAGAUGCAUUUGACAAAAUGCCAGAGCUGGAGGACCUCCCUCCAAUUCUGACAAAGCCUGCAAAAUUCGACGAUGCAUUAGAAAAAGCAGCCAAGUUUAGGAACUCGCCUAAAUUGGAAAGGGAAUCGGCAGCCCGUCAUGGUUCAGUUUCUAGCAAAACUGUCAGGGAGGAAACUGUCAAGGCAAAAAGAGAAACAACAAGCAGCCCUGGAACGCGGAAAUCUGUUUCCCACUCUACUGGGAUAAAGCUGAGGGCUAAUUCUCCAAAACUAGCAAGCAAGAAAAUUCAGGGUCAAGGCAGAAAGAGCGUGUCAGGUAAUAGGCGUUCAAAGACAUUGCAGAAAAAGGGCUUCUCAGAGAGCUUUGCAAUAGUAAAAGCAUCCAUCGAUCCUGAAAAAGACUUCAGAGAAUCGAUGAUGGAGAUGAUCGUAGAAAACAAUAUCCGGGCAUCAAAGGAUUUAGAAGAGCUUCUUGCUUGUUAUCUUUCAUUAAAUUCAGAUGAGUAUCAUGAGCUCAUCAUCAAGGCAUUUGAGCAAAUCUGGUUCAACAUGCCUGAUCUGUAACUUGUUUUAACAAAAAAAAAAAAAAAAAAAUCCUGUUAUCCUCGACUUGUAAGCUUGUAGCACUUAUUAGUUAUUACUACUAGAAAAUUUAAUUACUUA